UCUCUCUCUCUUUCGUCUCUUUCAACCUAAAAACUUCUUCUCUUAACCAACAUUUAAUAUCAAUGAUUGUUAAAGUUAACACAGUGUUUACUUGUAUCUGAAAAAGAAAAAAGAAAAAAAAUUUUUCUCUUUUGUUUAAUUUCUUUUCACACCACUAGAUGGAGAUGGACAUGUUCAUCUGAAGCCAUUUUCUUUCACUUUCUCUCUUCUCUCUUUCUUUUACCUUUCUUCCUUUUUAUUUUUCUCUUUCUUUUUUCUCUUCUUCUUCUUCCUCUUUCUUUUUUUACUCUGUGUCUUUCUCUUUCUCUCUCUUUCUAUCUUCUAUUUUUUUUCUCUUCUUCUUCUUCUCUCUUUCUCUGUCUUUCUUUUUCUUUCUUUUUUUCCUCUCUCUCUCUCUCUCUCUCUCUCUCUCUCCUCAAUCGUCCACCAUCAAAGAUGAAUUUAAAGCUCUUUCAGCUUUGUUAUUAUUGUUAUGCUGUGUAAUUAAUGGUUUAAUUAAUUAAUUUUUGUGGGUAACUAAUGGACUCCAAUUUGAGUACAAGCAGUGCUGGUUCACAUAAUAGUGAUAAAGACUCAAUUAUUAUUUUAUCUGGUGAUAUGACACCCGAGAAACGGAGUAGCGGCCAAGUUGGAGGUGAUGGCCGUAAAAGAAAACGUAAAGUUGAUGAUGGAGGAAUCACUGCUGCUGCCAUUGUUGCUGGAGGUAAUACUGGUAGUGUAAUUGGUGUAAACACUGGAGUUGGAGGAAUUGGAGGAGGUGGAGGAGGAGGUGGUGGUGGUGGUGGUGGUAAUGGAGGUGUCCAGGGAAUACCCAAUACCCGAGGACAAACACCAAAUAGUAGCUCGAAAAAUGCUCGUGGUGAUUUUAAGAAAAUUAAUGAUUACUUUAAGCAACAUCAAAGCUUCUCACCUAGUCGCUACGGAGGAUCAAGAUCACCAACCUCACAAGGAUAUUCACAUUACAUGUAUCCUCCACCUUCCUCUCCAGGUACUGUUGGUAAUAUUCCUGUUUCACCUUCGGUCUCAGUAGCCGGUAAUCCUUUAAGCUCACCACCAAAUACACCAAUAGCAUCAGAUUGGGUUGGAGGUAAUUCCAAUCCAGAUUAUUCAAAUCUUAUGGGUCCACCUUUGUCCGGUUUAACAAUGUCUAGACAAGGUACCGUAGGUCCAGUGGUAUCUGUUGUUAAUAAUUCAGUGGGACCUUCAACAGUACAACAACAACAGCAACAGCAGCAGCAACAACAACAGCAGCAGCAACAAGCACCACCACCAAACGCCAAUUAUCCAACUUAUUACUCAAAUUGUGUUUCAAGAGCUGUACAGACUGACGUAACAAUGAAACAAUUACGUGAAAUAGAAUCUAAAAGUGCGUUGGAUUUAGAGGAACGUGAUGGUAAAAUAGACGAUCUCCAAAGGACAGGAGAUGAAUUGAAAAGACAAUUACAAGUCCAGUCAAAGUUAAUAGACAAACAAAAGGAUCAAUUAGCCAAGUCAACAGAAGUUACCAAAAUGUUGUUAAUAGAGAAAUCACAAAUGGAAAAGAAAGCCGCUCGGCAAAAGUGCAUGCAAAAUCGUUUAAGAUUGGGACAAUUUGUUACUCAAAGGCAAGGUGCAUCGUUUGUUGAAAAUUGGAAUGAUGGACAUGCCUUUACGGAAUUAAUGAAAAAACAGGAGCAAAUAGCUGCUGAAAGGGAGGAGAUAGAACGUCAAAGGAAACUGUUGGCCAAAAAGAAACCCAACAAUGUACAGAUUAAAAAAGGUGAUAGGUCAUCCAAUGUAACAACAAAUCAAUCAUCAAACCAAGGUUCCAAUGGUAGUAACCAAGUGAUAUCAACCAAUUUAACACAAUUAUCCAAUGGUACGCUCUCUGGUUCCGGAGCAGCUUUUACCGAUUUUGUUAAACCCGAGCCAGUGGCAAGUUCAUCUGGUGCUCAAAAAGACUAUACCAUGUAUGAAUAUUAUGAGAUGGAUGAGAUAUUGAAAUUACGGCAACAAGCUUUAAAGAAGGAGGAUGCCGAUCUUCAACUAGAAUUAGAAAAAUUGGAAAGAGAAAGAAAUCUACACAUUCGAGAAUUAAAAAGGAUACAUAAUGAAGAUCAAUCUCGAUUUAACAAUCAUGCUGUGUUAAAUGACAGGUAUCUUCUGUUAACUUUAUUGGGUAAAGGUGGUUUCAGUGAAGUGCACAAAGCGUUUGACCUGAAAGAACAGAAAUACGUUGCCUGUAAAAUUCAUCAAUUAAAUAAGGAUUGGAAAGAUGAUAAAAAGGCCAAUUAUAUCAAACACGCUCUUAGGGAAUACAAUAUACACAAAAAAUUGGAUCAUCCAAGGAUUGUGAGGUUAUUUGAUGUCUUUGAAAUAGAUCCCAAUUCAUUUUGUACUGUACUGGAAUACUGUGAUGGACAUGAUUUAGAUUUCUACCUUAAACAACACAAAUGCAUUCCUGAAAGGGAGGCUCGAUCUAUUAUUAUGCAAGUGGUUCACGCCUUGAAGUAUCUCAAUGAAAUUAAACCACCGAUAAUCCAUUAUGAUCUUAAGCCUGGUAAUAUUCUACUCGGAAGUGGAAGUAUUAGCGGAGAAAUUAAAAUCACUGAUUUCGGUCUUAGUAAAAUAAUGGAUGAUGAAAAUUAUAGUCCCGAUCAUGGCAUGGAUUUAACAUCACAGGGAGCAGGGACUUACUGGUAUCUUCCUCCAGAAUGUUUUGUUGUCGGCAAAAAUCCUCCUAAAAUCUCAUCCAAAGUAGAUGUAUGGAGUGUAGGUGUUAUAUUUUACCAAUGCCUUUAUGGGAAAAAGCCUUUUGGACAUAAUCAAUCCCAAGCCACUAUUUUAGAAGAAAAUACAAUACUGAAGGCAACCGAAGUAGAAUUCCCAGCAAAACCCGCUGUCAGUAUUGAUGCUAAGCACUUUAUUCGUCGAUGCCUUCAAUAUAAGAAAGAGGAUAGAAUAGACGUGCUGUCCUUAUCCUGUGAAGAUUAUCUUAAACCCAGCACGAAGCAUGGUAGAGGAAGUAAUUCUAAUGAUAAAUCAAGUUCAUCAUAUUCCUGAAAGAGAGGAGAGAGAGAAAUAAAAAAGGACAAAGAUUGGAUGAUCAAAACAACAACAAACACAACUAUAAAUACAACAACCAACACAACCACAUCAACUAAAAUCAAGAAACGGAGACUACAAUAACAACAAGACACACGAUAAGAUAAUAUAAUACCACCAUUGAGCUCAUGAUUUUUUUACCAUUUAUUAUCUAAUCAUCAUUAUCAUGAUUGGAGUGGAUUUUGCAACCGAUUAUGAAAUUGUGAAUAGUGAAUUCAUAUUCAUUAAAAUCAAAAUUAAAAAUCUUUCUCAUCUGAA